CCCUCCCUCCUUACCUCCCUCCCCCGGCGUCGUUUGGAGCAGCUCGGCUGCUUGCAAUCCAACAUGGAGUAGAGAGAGAUGGGGCUCUAGCGGGGCCACCCCUCGGUAACAACAGCGACGACGCGCUCUUUACGCACAACUGGAACCGGAGUCGUCGGUCCAAACAUGCGCCUAAGGAUUUAAAAACGGAGUGUGCCUUGUGUGUCCGUGUGUGCGUGCGUGAGUGUGUUUGGGGAAGGGGGGAGGCGAAAAGAGGAGCUGGAUUUGGCGACUCAACUGUCUGCAUAGGCUACGUUACCUACUGAAGGCGAUGGGCUAUUAAAGUUUUGGGAAAGGGGGCAUUUGUGAUCAAGCAGAGACUGGGAGGCUCCGCCGUUAGAAGAGGUGAAAAGUGAGUAAAAGAAGACCGAGACACAGCCAGUCGAAGGCAAGCGAAAGAGCCUCGACUCGCACAAAGGCGCAGGGGGGAUUUAUGCGGAAUUGGAGACAGAAUCUAAGGAGCCGCGGUGAAAAAAUGACAAGCGAAAAGUAUGCAACCGCCGUGGUACAUUACCUGAGGUGAAACGAGAAAAUGAUAGAAGAAACACACCCAAACGAGUAAGUACUGUGGCUCAUAGACUUCUCUAUCUAUCUGUCUUUCUUUCGCCUCUCCAAGUGCCUACAAGUUGGGGAUGAUUGAGGCAACUUGGUGGAAUGCACAUUCAGCCUUAAACUCUCCACACAAAGCUUCUUGUAUGUUUUGUAUUGUAUAAUACCCAGUCCACUCGAUUAGAUUUGGUGCUUGAUGCUGCUCUGAAGCAUUGCAUUGACAGUAGUGUAGAACAGGGUUUUUUAGGGCCCCCACUCUGGUGUGGACUCGUCUUUAGAAGGCUAGAGAGAAAGCAGAGGAGUAGGAGGAGGAGGAGGGGAAUAAGCGUGGGUGGAUCGGAAACAUUUUCUGAAAGGAUCUGAAGCGAGAGAGCAGGCCCUGUUGCAGCGUAACUUAGAAACUCAAACACGCCCCGAAGUUACACCUUUUAUAAACACACAAACAGCAGCGAACUCACGCACCUCUUGUUUGUGCAUUGUUCAGCGAAAAAAGAAAAACCCAACGGCGUUUACAGAGGCAAUUUGGCUUCGUUAUUUGGCCACAUCUGUAUGUUUGCUUCCAACCGAAGGGGGAAGUCUCACAGGAUAUGAGAUAUCCGAUAUGCCUCAUCCGCCAUCUCUUUCUCAAUCGUCCUCAUUUGCAUAGCCUACCGCGCUCCAUUCAUAAAAAUACCGAUUGUAAACGACGACUUGCAGUGAAAAAUACGGUUCUGUUUCUCUUUGAAUCGAGCAUUACAAGCUUGUGCCUGCCCGCUUCUGUUUGUCGGAUAACACAGUGCACCAUGCCGUGGCGUCUUGCGAAAUGUAGCUAAUAUAGAGCAGUAUGCUACAAUGUGUAGGCCCACGAACCUGUUCAUACGGCACCCAUAGGCCUAUAUGGCAGCGCGUGAAGCUUAAAAUUAGCUAUACCAAGAAGGAGCUGUGGCUAAAUGUGAAUAACAUUCAGAGGAGAGCAGGUGGCAGAGCGCUUUAGCUUGAGUGUUUUUGUUAAAUCCAACACAAAUAGACCACCGACAGAUUAUAAUUAUUCAGUGUUAUUCAGGUAUGCAGACGUGCCUUCGCCAGACCCAAUCUCUUUAAGGCUUAAAUGGAAAUGUGCAGACGUGGGCUCCAGCCACGCCAGAGCCAUUUAAAAUACUGGCUCCCUGUCUGGGGUUUUACAACGCUAUAAGCCAGUAUCGAUAACUUCUCCCUCGCUGUCAGACGACACGGGGCCGUGCUCGGUUGGUAUGCCUGCCUUGCAGAUCUCUGUCGACGGGGGUGGAAGGGCGAAGGGCAUCGUGGGGGAUGUUUGCGCUGCAGUGGCGUGACGCCGACUCAUUCAUAAAAGCCUCCUAACCUUCAGCGCGUCCCCAUUCAUGCCCACUGGCCGCUAUCGCCACACAGCGAGAGGCCUGCACAUACAGUAGAUACUUGUUGCCAGCCUGUCUCUGGUUCUAUAGAUGGAGAGUAGGCUAACCUGUGUUCUGUCGGACUGGAGCAGAGUCGAGUAGAAAUGAGAGACAAAACCCGGAGUCCGCUGACCCCCCUUAAGACCUAUGGGGUGUGAACGAUCCAUACAUUUCCUUUUAAUUCCGAAACGUUAUUUCAUUAAAGUUACUAUUCCACAUCCUGAAAGUCUCAUAACUUCUUUGGAGUAGCCUGUCCUAUUUCUGUGAAUACGAAAUCCUAGAUUGAACUUCCGGGUCACAGAGGGUAUUAAAAACCACCGUCCUUUUGACUUUCAAGUAGUUUUGUCUUCUCCAAAGGCAUAUUCUUCAACGACCGUGCUACGGAAAAAAGAGUUUGUAAGCGCUCUGUGAAAGAUGUACAUCUCCUAGUCCAAUGCCACCAUCUAAUAUGCUUGAUGUUUGCCCACAUGUACUCAAGAAAAUAGCAUCUGAAAUCAACUCCCUCUCAAAAUUGGAUACUGUCUGUGUCCAGUUAUUUACCAUUUAAUUUUAACCUUUGACCAGCUUUAAUUAAUCCUUAGGCCACAAUUCUGCAUUUUAGGCAUCAAAACAAUAUAUGCUGUCGACUUAAUUAAACUAUUGCUAGUGCCACAUUCCAUAAUGCAAUGAAAUAGUCAUUUAUUGCUCAGCCCCCUCUGUCUCACUAGUUAAAAUCAUAUGACUUAAUGCACAAGAUUAUUUUAGGAAAUAGUAAUGAAAAAAACACAGUAAAUGUAUCUAUGGUAAGUGUCAUUUCCUUUUGUAUUUUUAGAAAUAGGCUAAACGACAGCUGAAUGACCACACAGUCAGCCAUAGUCACCUUUUGCUACUGAGUUGCUUCAUAAAAAGGCUUCACGUCAUUACCAGAAUGAACUAAAUCAGUGUGCUCUUAUCUGCUAGUUUAGUCUUUUGUGGUUUUAUAAUCAGAAAUAAAAGCCAUUGAUGGGUUUAAGGCAGGGUCAGGAAAUAAAGGCACACCUUUCUACCUUUUGUUAGAUACAAAAGGGAGCAGCAAUGUAGCUUUUUCUUCUUGUAUGCGUUUUGUGUCACUACCCCUUUCACUUCACAGGAAGUUUACCAUAUAGCAGGGGUUCAACAGCAUAGUAAAUUCAGUCGUAAAAGCAGCUAAAUUUAGCAGUGAUUACUGGCAAUGUGUGUAUUUUUAGGGUCUUUUUCUGCUACCUAACUUAUCCUGUAGCUAUGUCCUCAGUUUAGAAAAUGUGUGUCUCUACUGUCUUUUGGAGGAUGUUCAUCACACACAGAGUCACAUCGCAAACAGAGCAUGUAUUGAUCUGGUGUGUGCUGCUGCAGGGUCAGCAUGUGCACAGUCAGUAUUGGACAGGAGAUGCCCGGUGACAUUCAGCUAAGGUCAACUAAGCAACGAAAUAUAAUCCAUCCCUGAACAAAAAGCACUCAUCAACUGGCAAACACAGCAGUGUAGAGUUGGUGGGUCUGCAUGUUCCCUCAACAAGACUGUCCUGUUCUUUUUGAUACAGAGACAAUAAUAAGCAUAAUUUGACAAAUAACUUUUAAAGAGUUGUUUUCACCUGUCAUGGCUCCAAAUGUUUGAUUAAAUUAUAAGAGAAAAAGCGGUUGCUUUUUACUGGAAGUGUGGCAUCUGACAUCAGUUUAAUGUGAUGGGGCUGCAUUGCUUUUAGGCCUAUAGAGCUUGUUUGUGGUGUAGAAAAUAGUACCUUCUGCUGUUAUUAAGAGGAAUUGAUCAUGAAACCUGAUGCUUCCUGUUGAUGGUUUAGAAAGCUGUAUAGUUUUCUGUUGUCAAACCACAUGUAUAGCUUACUGACCUGCUAACGUGUAUUUUAAGUAUUUGCAUUUACUGUAAAAAGGUGACGUAUGUGUAACCUGCCUACAGGAUGGAAAGAUGUGUGGUUAGGAUGAAACAACCACCAAGUAUGAAAUGAGAUGUGAUAAAAUGGAUAUAAUCAAUAGAAAUGUAUGUAUAUACCAAGCUAAUCCAUAAGAGUAUGUGGUUGAUAUUAUGGAUAUGGAUCCACACACAGUUAAAAAAAAGUAUAUCUAUUUCACUAAAUAAGCAAAUUGAGCUUCAACAAAUACUCCAUGUCCACAAACAAAGUUCUUUUGCAAUUUUUCUCUCUGUACUCCCCCUCCACACACACAGACUCUCACUCACACACACACAUACUCACACAUAUCAUGUGGAACAGAUCCCUGUUCACAGUAUUUCCUGUGUUUUACAGAGCAGCUCAUCACUGGUUGCUAUCCGGAGCCUUUAUAUAACGGCCUGAGCUGUUUAUAUCUGAAGACCAAACAAUGGACCUGGAUUGUUUCUCUCCUUUUUUUUUUAAACCAAUCUCGGCUCAUCAGAUGACUAGAUGACCAAGAUUAUGAUGGUUCAAGUUUUCAUUCAGUUCACCCGCCCAUUUGUUUUCUCUAUUGUACAUAACAAUCCACUGGGCGCAUUAUUGACGACUCAAAUUCCAUUCAGUUCUUUAGCUGAAGAACUCUGUGAACUUUCACUUCUUCUGUUGAGGUUUCACCUAAGUGUAAUAUGAUACAACCUUGAUGAUUUUGCGUAAAUCGACACAUACACAUACAUUUUCCAUCAAUUGCUUGUUUAUGUACAUCUACCACAAAACUGUACAUUGUGUGCUCUUUUGUUUAGUAUUUUAACAGGCUUAUAACUUAUAACUUUAAGUCCCACUCCCAUCUCUUUUUUUACUACUUUAAGUGUUAACAGUGGUCUUAAAAUUGUGACGAUAAAGUUUUUGGCCAAAAUGGCCAAAACUGUGUCAUUUUCAAGGGCUUUUUCUCUGCAGAGCCCAAGUAGCUCAUUAGCAAGUCAGCUCUGAGUUGUGGGCAGAUACAGCACUGAUCUGCACACUCAUCUUCAUGCUAGCUUGCAGCCUAACAUUGUUGUUGUAGUAGAAGUGGCAGGUAACAUAGGAGCUAUUCAGCUCUCGGACACCAGUAUCUUUAGUGACUAGAUAAAAGUCAAUAUCAUAACUAGCUUUCUUACCAGCAUUGCAAUCCGCUAACACACACGCUUGUUCCGUGAUUGUCCUCUCUAUUUCACAGAGUCUGGCCUGUAUAGCAGGGCACCAGGGGCGGAGCUUAGAUGUGUGACAUAGGAAAUCUCACUAUCUGUAUCUGAACCUGGCGUUUGGGUCUGCCAGAGAUUCACAGUGAUUUGAAUGCAGAAAUGCAAUUUCGCACUUAUGUCAUGUAGCAUUUAAAAAAUUCCCUGUGAACAUGUAAAAAACAAGAAAAACAUGAUUUUCAUCGGAGUGGAUCUGUAACUCUUCUUUGUAAGUGAAAAGUGUUGUCAUUGUGUUGGACAUAAGUUUUGUUUAUUAAGACAAUCUGAUGACCAGGUUGCUCGUAUCUGAAUCCCUCUUGUUGUUCCAACAAGAGUGUAUUCUUGAAACAAACAAGUAAAUGACGUGAGGACAUCCUUUCUAUUGUUUAAAAAAAUGUCCAAAUGGUGCUCCCAUAUGGAGUUCUGUUAGUUAUUUCCUAUUUUUUGAUGAAGCUGGAUGUUUCUGUGAACAUUAAAUUAAAUCUAUUCCAUCACCACAUAAUAGGGAAAGGCUAGAGGCUAUUUAAAACCAACCACAAAUAGUAUCAGGAAACAGUGCAGCCCGUCAUGAGUAGUGGUAUAUAUACCAGCAUAUUUGGACCAGGGAAGCCCUGAGAGAACAGACUUCCUAGUGUUUAUUAUGCAAAUCAUUUUCAGUUGGUUUGCUGCCCUGGAGCUGGUCCACAGGCCGUCCAAUUACAAGAUAAACCACUGACAUCUGACAGUUUAUGUAAAUGAAUACAACCUGAUCAAACACACCAAGGUUGACAUUUUGACAGAUGUCUGAUCACUUACAUUUGACCUAAAGCGAUAAGCCUAACAGAGCGCAAGAGGAUAUGGGGAAUUAUAGAGGGUUUUGGUUGGCUUUCAAGAGGUUUAGAAGCAAUCAGCUUAUUUUCCAGUAUGCUUUCCAAGUUGAUACAAACACAGGAGCUGCAGAGUCACAUUAGAGAGUGACUUCUUACUCUAUGAGUGCAGUUAGCGGUUUGUAGUGCUACAUGUUGAAGCUGCAACACGAAAUGGCCCUAACAUUUGCAUGAAGAUAUAAUGUUAUCCCACAUUCAGUAAUCAUUAAGGCUGAACUAAUCAUUUUUAACUUAACACCUUAAAUAAUCUCACUGUGACAGCUUCUUUUCAAUCCAUUUCCAAAUGAUUAACAGCACUUUUUUGCUCUCAUAGAUAUUAGUACUCAAGCGUAAGGUGUGAACUUGCAUUUUGAUUGGCCGGUUGAGUAUGGGAUGUUAUCCAUUAACGUUCUCGGCAUAUUAGUGACCUCCUUGUCAGGUCAACUGAAAGGCUUACAAUGGCUCACAGCAGCCCAGACAUGUGAGUGCUCCAUAUAACUACAGCUGAUUGACAGAAAGCCGAUCAAACUUGCCCCCAGGAGCCCUUCACAGUCAAUAGUUGUGAAUGAACUCACUUCACCACACCUCUCUUUUCCCCUCUGUCUAUUCCUUUCUCUUUGAAAUGCUCAUAUUCAAGUGAAGUUUAAUAAUAGGAGCAACAAUGACUUUCAAAACUGCAACUCCUUACGUGUAACUAAUUUCUGAUUUAAUUUUAUCUAUUAAAAAUUUUCACAUUUGUUGUCUAAUGACCUGUAAAUAAUUCAACUUAUCCAUUCAAUACACACUUUUGGCACCAAUUUGAGACCAGUUUCUCCCGUUUUGCUAUCCAAAAUACAUGAAUAGUAAAACUCUAUAAUUGUCAGUUUAUACGUUUUCUAGCAACACUAAUCAGCAAGAAACAACACUUCUGGAAUAAAAGAUACUGUCUCAUGUUACAUUAUUGACAGUACACCUGUAUAAAGAUUAAAGUAUGCUCAUUAUUUAUGGAGUUUAUACAAUGAUAGGAAAUCCCAGGAAAAUUAGACUUACAGCGAACCAGAAAAUAAAGCAAAUCUGAACAUUUGAGUUGCUGUAAAGAGUUCAGUUAUGUAAUUGAUAAAUAAACGUCUCUUUCUCAUGAGUUGCAUUGCUUGAACCUCUAUCUCCUCUAAUUAAAGCCAAAGCAAAAUCUAAUCAUAAAACAAGUCUGAUUGUGAAGUACAAUUUCCAGUCACUUCCUGUUUCCUGAAGACAGUGUAUGCAUGUGCGUGCAUACGUGUGUACGUGUGAAGCUCCACUGAGAGAAAUGAACUCUGUGCAGGGGUGUGUGUGUGUGUAUGUGUGUGGGAGGGGGGGUUCUGUUGAUCAGGCAGAGGCGCGGCCAGUCAUUCCUUAUCAGAGGAAGUAUAGCCGCCCUUAUCACACAUGGCUGGUCUGCCCUCACUGGGCCUUUUAUCUGUUACACAUGAGCUGGAUUUCAGACCAGAUAACCCGCCUGCUCCCCACCCCCCUUUACUGUUUUAUGGCAAUAUUGUUACUCACAGACCUCCUGAGGCAUUUGCAGCUGCUAGCUAGCUAAACUUAUAUUGGUUCUUUUAGCACAAGCUCUAAAAACAUGAAAGCAAAAAGCAAAAAGAGGUGGGUUUUGAUUGUGAAAAUGAACAGGCUACUAAUGUUAAUAUGUCUUAAAGGCACAUAAGCCUAAAACAUAAAGAGAUAACUGACUGUCGCUGCUGUCAUUUUGAAGGAAAUCCACAGGUGUGUACUCAACCCUCCUUAAGUCACUUCCUCAUUACACAGACUAGUUUGCAAAGUGAGCACAAGCUAUAGAUAUGAAAGAGGAGAAAUUGAAGCUUCUACUAGACAGUGGGAUGAUCGAUAAAAGAAAAUAAACACUUUUUAUUUUAUUUUAUCUUAUUUAUGUGUAAACACUCAGCUUGUUAGAAAAAAAAAAUGUUUUCCUCUUUUAUUUCACAGUGUAACAAAAUAAAAGGCUGAAAGUGAAGGCAAAUAUUCCCUAAAACUUAAGCUAGCUUUUGUUUAAAAUGCUAUAAUCAGGAUAGUAGUUUAACAAUGAAUCUUUGUUCGGUCGUCAUCCUCAUAACCCAGUUUAGACCAAAUUAAAUGAUAUAGAAAGGCAAGUAUUGGAUACUCAUCUGCUAUACUACUUUUAGAUAUAACUCUACUUUGUGUAAGCUGAAAGUGUGAUUUUUGACACUUUGUUUAUAAAUAAACUGUAUAAAUGUUACACAGUAGUAUUUAGUUUAGUAGUUUAGUGUUAAAAGCUUGUUUCUGCUGCCCCAAUUGGCUGCUCAUAUGUGUUGAUGUUAUUUUAACUGUCUUAUGAUGCGCAUGUCAUAGUGCUAAAUGGUAACUAUGGCAACACACACAAUUAUUGAUCUCAAACAGGGAUGCAGCUAACUCUGAACAUUUGUGUGCAACAAAAGUGAAAUAGUUGCAGGAAUUAAUGAUUGCUGAAUUAAGCUAAAUAUGCAGUUCUCUGUACCAGCUGCUGAGUUUACUGCUGUGACUAAUGCAUAUUGACAUAUUUUUAUAAUAAUAAAUUGGCUAUACAUUUGCUGGAGGAGCUUUCAAUGUGGGCAGAAGGAAGUACACCAUGAAAAUGACUUGAGAACACAGGAAAACUACUGCAACAGUAUGUGGUACUGUAAAGGUUGUGCAAGAAGCCCGGCUGCAUGGCAACGGUACAUAGCAGCUGUCAUUAGGAGUAUGAGGAAGGACACACCAUGCACCUUUGCCCUGAUGUCAACAGCUCAUAUUAAAUUAUAAAAGGAUGUAAUGCAUAAAUUGUUUGCGCUGUCCUUAUCAGUGCAAUAAUGAUGAAUCCCUCUGAAUUCAGUCAAUAUUCAACUUAAAUUUUACAUGAUCAAACCUCCUAAAAGGGACUUUGAACAGUGCUUGUAGCCCUAGACAAGGAGUAAAAUGUGAUUAACACCCUGGAAAAUGUUUUCUAUUUAAAUACACAACAACCAUGUUGUCCGAGUAGUAUGUGCAGUUUAAGACGUGAAUUUUGCACAAACAUAAGCACAUACUGCAUCAACAACCUUUUCUUAAAGUUAGCGUCAUAGUCCCUUUUCGGAAACGGUACCUCGUGUUACAUUUGUGUGGACCAAAUUAGAUUCACAGUUCCCGAAUGUAUGUGUGUGUCUGUGUUUAUUUAUGCCAGAAUGUGUGGUCACUCCCAAGUGUAUUAAAGUAGCGCGUUGCUGCUGGUUGUGGCUGUCUGUGUGUUCCGACCACAGAUUACAGGGCUUGUCGUCCCAAAAUGUGACAAGUUCAUCUCAGAGAGCUGAACUUGACUGUCAGUCUCAUGUAUCUCAAUACUUAGAUGCUCAUAUUGCACAGAAUUUGCUGUUUUGUGUGUGUGUGUGUGUGUGUGUGUGUGUGUGUGUGUGUGUGUGUGUGUGUGUGUGUGUGUGUGUGUGUGUGUGUGUGUGAUGUCAGGCUUGGUGUACAGUUCUGUAUAAGUUGCACACUUGUCAGUCAUGUUGAAAGGCUGUUGUGCUUUGGAUUUCAUUUUCCCACCAAGCAUUUACUUUGAGCGAGAGCUGUUCUUACAGCAGGUUUAUCAGUUGUAGUUUUGAAGUUAAACAUUAAGAGUUUCUAUAUUUUUUUCCACUCUUUAUCUAGCCAUAUACUUUCUUAAUUAAAACCAAGAAUUUGAGCUUUAACAAAGACAAGAGAGAAUUCAUGGCUCAUUUUUUAAACCUUCCUUGGCAGUGGCCGUUUGUGAAGUAAGUUGACUUAGAUAACAUUAGAUCAUAGUGGACCAUGAAAAAGCCCCCAAAUAGAAUUUAUUAGUGAAUAUCCACUUAUUGUAGCCAGUAACCAGAGGCUCCCCUUGAAUUUUAAAUGGGUUACGCAUCAGCCAUUGUAACUGCUUUAGCAACUGCAGAAUUUGCAAUUUCAUGUGUGAAGGCUAGAUGCUAAUGACAUUUAAACCUUCUACCGAUCUACACCAUGUAAAAACAAAUUGUUAUGGACUUAUUUCUGGAUAGGGUGUUUCAGUAGAAAUAGUGGACCAUAAAUUGAUGUAUAACUUGUGCCAUCCCAUGUUUUGAGCCCCCUUUCUAUCCUGUGUUGUUUAGCAUCGCAAAAUACAGUACAUUGUUUUUCAAAUGCCAGUUUGCUGAUACCAAGAACAGUCUCUUAACUAGCAGUUUAUUCUAGUAAACAGAGUACCAUAUGAAAACAGAUAAUUGCACAGAAGUGAAGAUGACUUCUAAUGGACUUAAUAACAAGGUGCCAGAAGCCAUGUCAGUGCAGCAUCUACAGUAAGGUCAGCCAGGCUGCAGCCUUGCUCUCUUUGGAAAAUAAUAGAAGUAUAAAUAAACCAUUGACAUUUCUAUUAUUUCCUUUGUGUUGCCAUUCAAGUUUUCCACGUGGUUGAGCAGAACCUGAAUGACUUAUUUGCCCCCGCCCACUGUGGUAUGACAUGACACAUUGAAUUAUAUAUACACUAUAUGACUUAACACUUUAGCUCCACUCUGUCGGUCGCAAUUUUACUCAAUUAGAUGAAGUAUUAAAGUUAAAGUGUGGGUUUUAGCUUUUGUAGAAUGGAUCAGCUCAUCUAAAUGCUGAUGUGUAAAGAGAGAAGACUGUUUAUUAAAGUGGAUUCAGAGGAAGCCCUUUAUUUGAAGAGUGUUUGGUCCUUUGAGUUUGAAUCUGUAGUUUCUCUUCUGUUUGUCUGCUGUCAGCCAGUCAGUCGGUCUGUCAUUCAGUUACUUUUAUGAAUGUGUGUGGGUGGGAGCUGGUGAACCAGUUUUGCCACCUGUGUGUGCCCGAUGUGUGUGUGUGUGUGUGUGUGUGUGUGUGUGUGUGUGUGUGUGUGUGUGUGUGUGUCCCAAAUCUCUGGGACAGUCUGAAAGCUAAUUAUAUAACGACACCUCUCUCAUUCACUCCCACUCUCUCCUCUAUCUCUCUUUCUCUGCAUCUCUUUUUCUCUUCAUUCUACCAGCAAACACACACACAUGCGCACAUGCAGUCAUGAGGACACAAACACACACACAUAAGUGAAGCAUGGAUGGAAUAAAAAAACGAGUUACAUCCUGUUAUUGUUAGAUCAUUCAUGAGGAUUGUGACCAUGUUCAUUGUGUCCAUCUGAGGGUGGUGGCCUGUCAUGCCAAUGCUGGAGAACGUCUUGUAUUUUAUCAUUCAGCCUCCAUUGUAUUGUCUCAUGUUCUGGGACUGAGUAGUCCAUUUACAGCAAAGGGAGUUUUUGUCAGGUAUUGUUUUGCACUGGUAAAUGGUCUAAACUAAUGGGACAGUGUGUCACUGUGUGAUGUAUCUUUAGCCUACACCAUCUUUCUGUUGUGGUAAAGCAUCAAGCUGAGUUGGGUUAUGAAGUGUUUUGAAAAAUUCAUAAUCCUUAAUGAUAAAGUAUUUUCUUGUUUACUUUUCUUUUAUGAGUUUUCAUUAUACAGUAAAAAAAAUCCUUUAAUUUAUUCAAGUUUUUAAACUUCACUUCUUUCUAAUUAUAAUAUUAUAAUACUUUAAUUAUAUAUAUAUUCAUGUUAUAAACCAACCAAACUCACCAAACUUUGAAUUCAAGUUUUCUUUUUCAUAGAUUUUUGGUUUUUGUAUUACCAGAGAAGACAGCUUCCACCUCAGUCCUCAUACAUACUCUGGCAUCUAUAUGAAUCUAUCUCUGUGAUAUUUAUGGAAUCAUCAUGCUAAGAAGUUUCAGUGUAGUGUUUUUACAAGUUUAGCCUGUCACAAUAAAGAAUUGUAGUUCCUGCCUGGGGAGUAGUUUUAGUUGCCUAAAAGUUCUGUGUGUGUAUCUAUGUUGUGCAUGAAAAACAUUUGUUUUGGGGGUUAAAUACACAUAGUCAUUGUAUGUCCUUGUAGCUCUACUGAGUAGUUUUUGUUUCUGUACAUUUACACAUCAGUGUAUUGUAGUUUUUUCCUCUUUGUUUAUGUUAGAAAAACUUGCACAUCAGCUGUUAAUAGUAACUUUUUGAUAGACAUACUGUUUUAGUAUCUGCUCAGUGAAACUUAAGGGCUAACUUUAGGUUAGUCAGUUUUGAUCUCCUCUGUGGAUUUCUUCUUGAACCAGCCAGCUAUGCACACAAUUUAGUCUAGGUAAUGAAAUGUAGCCCAUGUCGCAAAUUUCACCAGCGUGGAAUGAAUGAAGGUCUUUCUGAAUCUCAUGUUGGCAGGUCAUCAAAUAUGGUUCAUUUGGGGAUCAUCGGCAACCAAACAUGAUUGCUGCAGUUAGUGUUUACUCAAAAAGUAAUGCAUCAACUAGUUAGGGACUAUUUAGACAGAUUUCAUAUCACUAUGACUCAAAUUUUAGUCAAAGUCUUUGCUUUUGCUUCACAUUUUUUUAACCAAUCACUAUUUGAAUUAUGCCAGGUCCAUACCAAACAAGGGUUUCCUUGCUCCUGGAGUACUUGAUUUGACAUACAGUGUACUGUUAUUACUAAUAGUCCUCUUGAAGUUAAACAAUACAGCAUCCAAUCUGGUAGCAUACAUAUACAAGGUUUAAAUGUAUUAAAAUGCUGUAGAAUAUCCUACUUUAGAUUGAGUCUUAGUACGUUUAUUACAGAACCUUUGGGGGGGAGCAUAAGAGUUUUACCCACGCACAGGCAUCAACUUCCUGGUCUUUCCUGCAGUGAUGCUCUGCUUUGACCAUCGUUUUGAAGUUCUGGUGAACUUAGCGCACAACAAUAAUGACAUUAUGACUUUUUGAUGGUUUCAUUACCCCACACUGUGGAGUUUUAAGUGAAGAGUACUUAAGGGAUUUCUGUCCCAAAGCGUUCUGUUUCUCUCUUGACACAGGAAAAAAAAGGUUGUUGAAUCUCAGUAUUAUAGCAAUUUAAAUUCAGUAGCAGCUAUGCUGAUAUUGAUGGUUUUGAGCACAAGCUAAGUACAGCCAUUGCUACAUGAAAACAAAUUAAGUAGGUUUUUCUGAUCAUACUUCAUCUCUCUUUGUGCAGUGACAGCUACAUCGUGCGUGUGAAAGCGGUGGUGAUGACGCGGGAUGACUCAAGCGGUGGCUGGUUGGCCCAGGAUGGAGGAGCUCUGAGCAGAGUUGGCGUGUGCCGCCUCCUGCCCCCAGAGCUGGCACCUGCACCAGCCUCCUGCAGCUCCCAGUUCCUCAUCAGGGGUGAACGGCUGAGGGACAAACAGGUAAACACACACACACAAACAUGGACCACAGCAAGAGAGGUUUAUUAAACGAUAAGAUAUAAGGAAGGUCGCUGUGUGCUGCUUGUUCAUUGUGUGAUGUGAACAGGUGAUCCUUGACUGUCCGCUGAGGAAAGACCUUGUGUACACGAUAGCAACACCCACAUUUCACCAUUGGAAGGUGGAGGAUAGGAAGUGUGGCCUAUCCUUUCAGAGUCCAGCUGAUGCCAGAGCGUUUGACAGAGGGGUUCGAAAAGCCAUCGAGGACCUAGCUGAGGGUAUGUUGAGAAUGAAAGUUGCAUGUGGGAGCACAAGGCAUCUAAGGAGAGUGUGAAUGUAGGUCUAGCUUCUAAAAUAACAGGUUAUUAUCAAUUUUAUUGAAAAUUAAUUGGGCUAAAUAAAUGUUCUGACUUAAAUUCAACAAAGAACAUACCCCGAGUCAGGACUGGCCAUUGUCCUGUAUCCCUCUAAUGUCUUUCUGCUUUUGACAAGAUGCUCCUCAAGUCCAUGUCCAGGCUCUUAUGUAUUCACAUUUCUUUUUAGUAUAACUCUGUUGAUUUUAUUUAGAUUUUGGUUUUGUUCUUUUUUUUUUUUUUUUUUUUUUUUUUGGUUGUUUUUUUUUUUUUUUUGUUGCUUUAUUAUUUAGAAAAUAGGACAGUGGCUAGAGCAGGAAGUAGGGUGGGAGCAGGGAGCAACAAUCAAGAAAGGGGCUGCAGGGUGGAAACAAAUCAAAGUUAUAUCCUAAGGGUUGAACAAGGGAUGCAGGUUUAGAGGACUAGUCAAAUGAUAUGUCUUGUCCUUCAGUUGAAGUAAUAUUUCUGUUGUCUCGUCUGUGCAGGCUCUACCACCUCCUCUACAGCACUCCAGAAUGAGGGCGAGCUGGGUGACGAUGAUGUCUUUACUGUAAGUGUCCAUGUUCUUCACAUGUAUAUGUAAUUCAGGUUUUGAAGUGUCUGUUAUGUUCUUUAGGAGUAACUUCUUCAAGCUGUGAAAAUGUUCAUUUUUGCUCGAAAAAUGGGCUUUGUUGCACAUGUGCAUGUCUUCUGCUGCUUUUGCAGCCAGACUCAAGUGGAUACGAAAGAAGUUUAAAGAAUUUUAGCACCUCAACAUUAGGUUAAUUUCUCCAAAUCAGAAGCUGCUGCUUUGUCAGAUUGCAUGCACUGUGAAGAAGAGCUUUUGGCACUCUGUGUUUCCACGUUUUCUUAUAGGAUCCAGGGGGAUUGAAAAAAUUAUAUCAUGAGUUCUUUUUAAAUUGUCACAUGCGCAUUAAUGCUGCAUCUUAAACUGACAUCGAGUCUUCAAUAUGAAAGCGUCAGGGACAAAAUAGUUAUGGUAACCAAGUGGUCUCUGUUGUGUAUUGGCAUAGAAAAUAGUUACAGAAGUGUUACAGAGGCAAGAUGUAAUGUAAGCUGUGUGGGGCUAGAAGGGCGGGACAGCACUGUGUGUGUUCACGUCUAAAUUGUGUGCAUGUGAAGCGUACGCUGGAACACCAGCAUUACUCCGUUCUGGGAAUAAUGAAAGCACAGAAUGGUGAUGACAGUUUGAGCACAGCACACUGAUGCAAACUAGGAAUAUGAAAAAAACUAUAGCAACCGAUGCAGCAUCGAUGUAUUUAGUUUUUUAUCCCAUUCUGAAGGUCUUCUAUGUUGUUGUUUUGAAUCUCACUUUACCUCCGUUCAGUUUGGAAAAUACUGCCCUCUACGAUCUUUCAAUCAGACUUUUUAAAAUUCUCUUCACAUGCAUUUUAAGCAUUCCUGGAACACAUUUCUGAUUACGAUGGACACUUAACCACCUUUCAGAGCUUCUACUGUAGAAGACGACUUUUUGAAGGAUGUAAGGACAUUCAAAACCCCCUUUAUCCUGUGUUGAUCAUUGUUUUAAGUUUUACAAUUAACUUUGAUGUAAAUUUAAAUUUCCUGUAAGGAACUUUAACCUAGAUUUUAAAAAUCCCUCAUUUUUGCUGAUGUCUCCCAGUCACCUGCAACAGCGAAUAAGCCCAUCUGUAUAAGGGAUAGCUAUUUCUAAAUAGUGAAAAAGGUAAAAACUGGAGACAAUGGUCAUGUCUGGACACAUGCGUUUUUUCUCUUUAUUUGGCACUGUACAUGCAGAUAUUACUGUCACUACACAAACGGUGACAACAUCUUGCAGCAGGAGCCUCCUGCAGACACCGUGUCAUGCUACAGCUGCAGCCACAGAGUGAGAAACUCCUCCACACCAGAGACAGACAGACAGAAAGGCAGAGCAGCUCUGUAACCUCAGUAGUCCUGCUGCUCCACAUCUGUCUCACACUCUGCGGCAGGCUAACCCAGACUCGCUUCCCAUUUUAAAUACAUUUACAAAGUAAGUUGCCUCAAACUGCCAACAAAAAAGUUCGUUUCUGGAGCCCUGACGUGCGAGCGGUUAAGUGUGUCUUUACGACAAUAUGCGCUAAAACACUACCGCUUUUGUCCAUAGAGGCUGCCAAAAUCAACAGAAAGUGAAAACUCUGUCCAGCUGCUUUAGAAAAAGAAAGAAAUCCAAAGGAAUAAGACAACAACAGGUUAGGAUUAUCAUCUGUGCAGUACAUGAGCACAGAUGGGGGCUUUAAAAAAUUGGAUCAAAUGUGUUCACAUCACACAACAGCUAAUUAGUUCCAGAUUAAUUUACAGUGAACACAUUGUGCUUCAGAGUCUCUUCACAUCAACUGUUUUUCUUGUAUAUAUCCCUGGCCUGCUGCAAUCCUUGAGAUCAUACAACUUGGACUAAAAGUGGUGGUUGCAGCUCCCCCAGAGCUAAACUCUUGUACCUUGCCUUUAAAUUCUGCAAAUAUGUAGGAUCUUUGGAUAUAGGCUAGGACUUUUUACUCCUUUUUUAGCAGUUCAGCUGUGGUUCUUUCUCCGCCAGGGUUUCUUAAACAUCCUUAACGACAGAAACUGUUUUGUAAGCUGCUGUUUACAGCUGACUUUAGUCCAACGGGUGAUCAAUAAAUGCCAUCUUGAAUAAAACUGAAAAAGUUCCAGCCCACAGUAAGCAGAUAUCCAGCCCAGUUUUGUGCAUACAUAAAGUCUACACACUCUUUUUGGUUCUUGUAGCAGGGAGUAUUUCAGCUCAGCCCCUCAAUUUCCCUUGUCUGUCACAUUUACCUGUCACAGUAAAUGGCCUAAGUGUGUGCAUGUGAGAGUGUGUGUUUGUGUUUGUGUCAGGACCUCUGUACCUUAAGUUAGCAUGAAGGACCCCCUCCCCCCACUCUGCAACUUGACACCAGGAGCAGCAGGCAGGGUCACAAGGUCAUUUCCUGUAUCCCACCACCUCGCUCUCUCCUGGUGACCCCCCUCCCCCAUCCACCCUCUACUCCCCCUUUCCCCCGACCCUUCCAUUAGAAAAAGAGAGUGGCGACCAAACUAGCAGCUAGCAGCUGUUUCCCAGCUUAGUGCAGGGCUGGUGAUUUACGAGAGGAAGUGCCUCGUGGUUCAUCUUUGACUCAAGUUGUCUGUAAGAGCCAAGACUAAUAGGUGCUCUGCUGGGAGUGUACACCCACAACACAGACACAUCCCAACACAGGCUACAGAGAGUCGAAGGGUGGCGCAGUUCUUGAAGAGGCAUCAAGGAAAGUUGGCACUUUUAGUGCACUAAAUAAAAUUCAAUUCCCUGUUGGCCAUGCUUUAAAGGCUUAAGUAUAAGCAGACAUGGACUUGAUUGUGCAUGUCAAUUCCAAACUAAACGGCAAGAUGCUCCCUUUUUGAUAAACAGUGAUUUUUAAAGUGACAGACUCCAUUUGUUAGCCUUCCCUCAAACCACUGACUUUCUGUAGAGGGUUAGAUAACAAUGUUCAGCUUAUGAGCUUUUGUGCCCCUGACAUUUUAUGAAACAGCACCAACGAAGUAGCCUGAUGUAGUCAGGUGACUUGGCCAGACAAUCAGAUCAAUGCAGCUUAUGUGACAAAGUGCAUUACAACAGUAAUGUGAACAGACAGUGGCUGGCGUACAUUUCUCACCAUGGACACUGCAUGUGCAGAUGUACGGUCUUGUUUUAAUAAUUGUACAUUAUUCGGUUUGUUUAAAAUAGCUGCUGUAGCCACCUUCCAGCAGCGGGAGCUGCCAUCUUGGUUGUUUACAAAAGGUUGACGUAUCGAACCUGUGUCAUCAUCAUAAACAAAGGGCUGUGAUUGGUUAGACUUAUCUGACACCAAGGGAAAGCGUUUGAAGUGGCAGCAGUUUCAGACCCACAUGCCUGUGAAAAUCAAUGAGUUGGCUGAUCAGCCUACUAAUGCCAGGCUACCAACAAUGGCGGACUGGAAAAUAACAUGAUAGACUGGCCUGAGUGCUCUGCUGCACAUGUACUCAGUUUGCAUGUCAGAUUUUGACCCAGAAGCUGAACAGUAUAAAUGUGUCUGAAGCCUUAAAGUACAGUGCUGUAAAGUUAUAGGUGUUUUCAUUUUUUGACAAUUGUGUUAGCACGAGGCUUGAUUGUUCUGAUUCAUGAUGUAAUAGGUCCAAUUGUCAAGAACUGAAAGGAGGCUCUUUUGACUCCAAAGGGCAUUUGAAAGACAAAACCCCAUUUUUGCUUCUGGAGGUGCCAAAACUGUAUUUAGCAUUUAAGGUCUUGAAAUCUUGAUGGCCUGAAAGCAUUGUUGUGCAGUUUUUCUGUAAGGCCAUAUCUCCCUCCUUUUUCUUGUGGGAAUUAAAAAAGCCUCUGCUUUCAUUUUAUAUUUUACAAUGACAUAAAUUCCUAUUGUGCUCUAUGCUUUUUCUUUUUCUCUUGAGUUGUGCCUAUGACCUUUCCUAAAGUUAGCGGUGGUGGCAGAGUUAGUGAGGCAGGCAGCCGUGGACAGGGGGAAAUGCUGCAGCAGAUUUACAGCCUUUAGGGGGGACAAGGGAGGACGGUGUAGGGGGCUGCAGAGGGGAGAGAGCAAGGAUGGACAUACUUCCCUAAAUUAUUCCUAGUUCGCCAAACCUAAACUUAACCCGGCCCUUCCUCUGCACCACCCCCUCAGCACCUCUCUCUCUUGCUCUCUCUCUCUCUCUCUCUCUCUCUCUCUCUCUCUCUCUCUCUCUCUAUUUUGGCUCAUUCACAACAGGCAGAGUAAAAGCUAUUGAAGCAAUUCUGGGCUCAUCCCAGGAGAGCGAGACGGGUCUGUUGAAGGAUGAAUCCUCCCAAGCUUUGAGUCGGGACAUGUUUUGUGUCAGAAAAUAACUUGAAAUGCCCUUGGUCCAGCCUUGGGCCAGAAUAUAUAGGAGAGGAUGUCCAGAAAUAUAAACUCAAGCCCUUGACUCCUCUCUUUCUCUCUUUGUCUGUCUGUCUGUCUGAGUCUCCCGCUCUCUCUCUCUCUCUCUCUCUCUCUCUCACUCUCUCUCUCUCUCUCUCACUCUCUCUCUCUCUCUCUCACUCUCUCACUCUCUCUCUCUCUCUCUCUCUCUCUCUCUCUCUCUCUUUCUCUCUCUCUCUCUCUCUUCUGGUGCAGUUUGAGCUUUCAGCAAAUAUUCUGGUCUGUGUUUUGAAUUAGUUGCAGCCGUGGAGGCCAGAGUCAGACUGGUUUGUAAACCGUAUCAGCUCCUCCCUCCCCCCUGGUAAUGUCUUCUCCAGGGGGGCGGAGCCUGGAGUGGAGGAAGCAUGUUAUGUUAUUUUUGGCUGGCUGCUCUGAGGGCUUUGUAAGAAAGCUCGGGGAAAUUCUCAGCAUGGCGGUAUCCAUGUGGGGAGCAGGAUAUAAUAGGGAUCACUUCAGCAGGCAGACAGACAGGCAGACAGACAGACAGCAGAUCUGGGUCAAAUAAUUCAUAGCUUUGUUUUAAAGGCUUACUGAAUUUCAGGUUUGUGCACAUUACGUAAACAUUUUGACAGAUUUUGAGAGGAGUUCAAAGAUGACAUUUCUAAUAAUGACCUUUGGUUACACUUCAAAAAAAUAAAGUUCUGUGGUAUAUCAUUUUUGCUAAGUUUUCGGAUGCCAGCAGUCAUUUCAACCCACAAUUUCUUUUUUUAGCUUUUAGUUUUAUGUCUUAAACUACUGUUCAGAUAACUUUGUCGCUAUUUUUGAAGAUGAAAAAGUACCCAGAGAAGCAAUAGACUUCCCAACAACAAACAUAAGAGGCCAAUCAAGCAACACAGGGCAUCAGUAUGCAAAGCAAUGUGUUGGAGUAGAAGUAAAAAGCUAAGUAAACAUGUCAGGAUAAGAUUUCCUAAACAGACAAUGGAAUGCACCAUCAAGUAUCUCUGUCAUUGUCUGAAAGCCUAAACAUACCUGAGUAUGAACCUUGAGUUUAGUUCUACAAGGUGGUUCAGUACAAAAUCAGUUUGCUUAAAAUUCAGGUUCACAGAAACGACUCACUUGUAAACUCACGAAACCUUUUUCAAUGCAGUCUAGUGGCACAAAUUUCCCAAAGAGGGAGACUUCUCUUCAUCUCAGUGGAAAAACUUUUCUGAUGUACGAAAUCUUUAAAGUAGUUGUUCAAAGUAGUUAAGGGAAAAAAGAGGCCACUUUGCAGGUCAUUGUCCCUAGUGAUUUCCACUGGAUACAGUUCAACUGUUCAACAAAUACUUUGAUUUUUGAAUCAAAGAUUCAUUAUUGAAGUUAGGGAAACAAAGAUCAAACUUUUUUAAACGCUUGAGUUUAAGGCUGGUUAUCAGGUAAAAUAAGCCAUUGGAAGUUACCAUUUUAAGGGGAACAUGGCAGGUGGAUAAACCUAAGCCUUAUUUAAAGUUUUGAUAACCUGAAUAAUUGUAUCUGCUGUUGCUUAAGUUUUUUGUCACAUUAUUAAAAACGUCCCACACAGAAGUCCAAAAUGUGGAUCAAGUGGCUCCAACAACAGAGCUCACACUUCCUGUUUUCCCCAUCUGAGCUGCACCACAGCUUCCUGUUUUUGUUUGUCCAAUCAUGUCAUCCCCUUGCACUAACAAUUUGUGUGGCAUAUCCAAUCAGAGUCUCCUCUCAGCCUGCAUCCUGUGUUUGUUUGUCCCCUCAGAACACGACAGACAGUUCAUCCAACUCCUCCCAGAAACUGGAGAGUUCCCUGCAGCCACUCGAGUCCUCCCCCCUUCCGCAGAGACACAAGUGUGUCCUGACACAUCGCCACGACCUCAAUGACCCCUAUCGGCUGUCAGAUCACUACUUCCUGGACCAGGUAGGACAACACAUGUCUGGUAUUAUCACACAGUGCUGCUGAGAGACUGUAUGGCCAGGUGCUCCUUCAAAAACGAUUGGUUAAUGAUAAUCUGGUUAAAGCAAACUUAACUGGUUAUUCAAAGCCAUUCCAGUUGUUUCUCUGGAAGUGUGAGAUGAGUCCCAUUAAGAGAAUUUUGAUUGUGCUCUGUCUCCCCAGCCCUUGUCCCGGCUUCCUCGUCAUGUCACUUUCCAAGAGGAUGAGGAAAUUGUGCGCAUCAACCCUCGGGAGCGCAGCUGGGAGAGAACCACCGAACGCCAUCUUGGUCGCCAGUCAGACCGCCCCUGGCUCACAGGCUAUGAGGACUAUCGUCACGCAACUGUGCGUGACAAGUUCAUCCAAAUGGACGACAAUGAGUCCUACGUCCACUUUGCCAAGACUGAGGCUCAGAAGCAUGACUACACCUACCCACUGGCUCCUGCCCUGUCGCCAUCAGACUCUGACCCUGCCCUCGGACCCUUAAUGGUCAAUAAGGGCCAUGGUGGCUCAUAUCGCCAAGGCCUUUCCUCUGUGAUCUCAAGCCAGCCCCGCUCUUUCCUCCCGAACUCAUCCCCGUCCACAAAUGGCGGAAAGGGGAGGAAGGAAGACGGGAUGGAGCGUGCUCAGUGUGAGCACUGUGGAGAGGCCUUCUACACUUCUGACAACCGAAGAGGCCGGUGCCAAGAUGCGCCUGACCCUGUGAGGGUGUGCAUCCGGCGAGUCAGCUGCAUGUGGCUGGCAGACACAAUGCUCUACCACUGCAUGUCUGACCCAGAGGGGGACUAUUCAGACCCCUGCUCCUGUGACGGGGGCGAGGGCAGCGGUGGAGGCCGACUUGGCUCUCGCUGGUUAGCUCUGUUGGGCUUGUCUCUGGUGGCACCCUGCCUCUGCCUCUACCCGCCUCUCCACGCUUGCCACCGGGCAGGGCUCAGGUGUGGGUGCUGCGGGGGCCGACACAAGGCCCUGAGUUGAGCAGCUGCGCUUGAAAAAAAAAACAACCUCUCAGAGGAAACGACAAAAAGCUAAAACCCAACGCAAGCACAGGGAGAGGGAAGGAAGGGGAAAUAUACAGAGGGGACAAGUGGUCAAAUUCCAGACACUGAAAUAAGCCAAAAAAAAAAAAAAAAACAGUUGGUGCAUUUUCUGAAUGGCCUGGGAAGAUAAGCUCCCCCUCACAGCAGACAGUUCUCUCCGCUCUCCACAGGGCCAUUUUAUAGUGAGAGAGCACUCUUCAGGGGGCCUUUUUUAUAGCUGACCUAUAUGUCAUGUAUCACAUAUGCAGGUACUUUAUACUUUGUACACUGACUCUACGUCAAAGAACUUGAAUUGUUCCUUUGUUCUGUUGUUUCUCUCCUUUCAUGUACGCGUGGCCAUUUUGUUUAUAUUCUCUUCCAAUAUCAGGCCCGCUUAGUUUGACUCCAGCUACAAGAGAAAUCAGACACUACACCUUUUUGCGUGUGUGUGUGUGCGUAUGAGUGUGUAUUUGUGUGAAUGGUAUAUGUGCAUGCUUCCAAUGUGCACCGAGGCCUUUUGUUGUCUGUACUGUGGCUUAUAGUAAAGCUAGUGUAUAUAGUCUGCAUAGCUCCACCUUUGACAUCUUCUUUGUUCACUGAAGCAAACAUGGUACUCAUCUUAAUCUACUUCUACUAUCCCAAAGAUUUGUUUAUUUUUAUCCUAUUUAUUUCCUCAUAUAUUAAUCUACCAGCUGAAUGGUGCUGGGUUGUGAUUUACUCACAGAACCAGACGGUGCUUUUAGUCAUCCUCAGAUAAUCCAGCAUCUGUCUCCCUGUCUCCUUCAUGUUCAAACAGUGCCUAGACUAUCGCCUAAACCAAGAACCCAUCCAGUCUUAGACCUCAGUCAACAGUCCAAGCCAGGUCUCAGACAAGGGCUGUCAAGUCGAUCACAGAUACCAUUAAACUUAGUGCCUAUAAUGCCUUAGAAUGUGUAAAGUCACCCCAAACUUUAGCCCUGUCCCUCUGAAGAUGUCUCCUGUGAUGGUGUCUGUGAGCGGAGUUAAAGCUCAGAGCAAUCAGCCUCAACAGAUCCUCUUUUAAACUUUGUGUGCUUGCGACGUACAAUCAGCUCCUCUCUUUAAGUCCCGCCCCAAAUGGAGCUCACCAGUCACAUUAGUGGAGCAGCAGAACCUCAGUGGACUGUGAAGUGAUGAUUUUUUUAUAAAGUUAAUGUUCAAACAUCCAAAUCCCUCUACUUUUUAAAAUCUAUUUACCAGGGAAAAAAAGCCAUUGCUUUCUUUUUUUGACGACUACAUAACGGUUGACAUUUUCAAAGUUAUUGCAGUAAAGUAGUGACAUUUUUACACUAUAAAACAAACCUAAGUGUCAUUUUUGGAAUUUCGGAAAUACUUCUGUACACUUUCUUGCAGGUAGUCAGUGUCGGUUUUAAUGUCCACUGUUGUGUUUGUGUGUUAAAGACAAAAAAAAAACUACAAGUGGGAGGCAGUUAGCCCAGCUGAGCCAUGCAACACUAUGUUCAGAUUUCUACAUCACAGCCUCUCUCAAACUCAUGAACACUAAGAUGUGGUUUGUCUAGUCAAUAAAAAGAGAAAAAAAAAGUGUUAGAAAACAACAAGUUGUGAUUUUAUGGGAGGUUAUGCUAGACAAUUUCCUGGCCAGGUGCAGUGACUUCCUGGACUCGGGGCUACUGAGAAGUUUUUGUAAAGAAGAUGGAAAUGGGCUGUGAUGUGAAGAAAUCGAUAUGUGGUUUCUUUCUCUCUUUGUCUCAUGUUUGGACAAAAACCAGGCCGUUCAAUCUUUAUGCUUAUGUAGGCGACGCUAAUCAUCUCUAUGUUGCUUGGUACUCUUUGAAUUCUCAGCAAGAAAGCAAGUAUUUCCCAAAAUGUCGAACUGCACUUUCAGCCCCAAACUUGUUUGUUUAUUUGUUUGUUUUGGGGGGUGAGAGGUGGGGGAUAAAGAUGACAGAUAACCUGCUGAAUACAGACACUUGUUACUGGUGUGCUUCACUUUUCUGUUCAACUGUUUUUUCCACCAUGGUAGAUUUUUUACAAACUCACGCCCACAAAAAGUGACACCAGAUGUUUAACAACAGCUUGACUCAUUAAAAGACAGUCAAAUUAGAGUGUGUGCAUUCUGGGUCAUAGUGGGUGUUUUGAUAGACAAACUCAGGCUUUUUAAAAAAUGAAACCUUAUACUUAUUUGCUUGUGUCGCCUGCUGUUUGAUUGACACUGCAGCAGACCAAUCAGAUUUUUCACACUGACAGCACAAGAAACUGACAACCACUUUGGUGCUUUAUGCCUUAUUUGGGCAGAGUUGGUGGCAGUAUUAGAGAUGUAAACAGGAAUACAUUAACCCUUUGAUUAAAAAAAAGUGGGUUACCAUUGGAAAAUGAGGCGGGGGUCCAGAAAACAGCUGAAAUUGCAAAGACAAACAUCCAUCCCCAAUUGUUUUGCCAAGGAAAUGUCACUUACUGUAGUUGAAAUGCAGAAUGCCUGAGGAUGUCCUCUUUCCUCCGCUGGUUGUGUCUGUUUCAUACAUCCUGUCCCGUGUACCAGUUGUGUGUCCUCGGUGUGUGCGCGUGUGUGUGUGUGUGUGUGUGUGUGUGUGUGUGUGUGUGUGUGUGUGUGUGUGUGUGUGUGUGUGUGUGUUUUCCCCUCUCCUGCUCCUUGAUCCAAAGCUACAGGGAUCAGCUCAAUAUGCUAUCUCACACACUACCACCUAUCCAGUAUAAUCAGAUCCUUCACUGAUGAUCCUUCAUGUAUCAGGGACGGGGCCAAUCAGAUUGGGAAGAGUAUGAGUGCAUUUGUGUGUGAGUGUGUGAGUCAAAUCUUUUUUCUCUGUCUCGUCUGGUGUUGAGUGUGUUCUCACAUGUCAGAGCCAUUUACAAGUGCCUGAACGCAUCCUCUUUAUCUCCUUGUGUAUUUAAAAUUGAUAAAAUUAAAGAAACAACUCCCUGUAUUAAAUUAGAUCCAUUUUUUACGCUUAGUAUUUUUACCUCUGUAAAAAAAGAGCAAAAUUAUAUUAUAUAUAUCAAGUGUAUGUUGUACAUUUUUAUUUCUAUUUUGUUUUUUUAAAAUUUACUGUUUCUAACAUGUACAAUGGAUGUAGCUCUCGCUUUUUGAGAAGGAACAGGAAGUACUUUGUAGAUACUGAAGGGUGGCCAGGUCUGUGAGAAAACUAAAAUGAAAUGUGUGUCUUACCUUCCGCCUCCAAUAAAAUGAGAGAAAACAGUGAAACCACA